AUGGAACGUAAACUUUGUUCUGCUACCUUUAAUCGGAAACCUAUUAGAAACAUAUUACAGAGUCUCCCAAUUUUUGUCUUUGAUAUUGCCCAGGUGCCCAAGGAUGGAGGUUCUGUUCUAGGUUCACUAAAGAAGUCUGUGUUUGUGUUGGGGUCAGCAUUACUGUGUCUGGUGGCAGCAAGGAACACUAUCACCUGGCAUGUACAGGGCCUGUGGAAAGCCUCGGACAGUUUUUGGCAGCAUCAGUGGGGACUGGUGUAUGACUUGUUUGGUGAAGAUGAACAUUUGCUGGGAACGCUUGGCACGUUGUUGGUUCCCUCGCUGGUGUUCUGGUUGGUGAAUGGUGCCCUCCUUGUGGUGGACAUGACCGGCAAGCCUGCCGCCCUGCUGAGGUACAAAAUACAGGAGGAGAAGAACGUUCCGGUGGACUCUGUAAAGCUGUGGAAAGCUGUUAAGUUGGUUCUAUUCAAUCAGUUCAUUGUAACUGGCCUACUGGUCUUCCUCGGUGCGCCGGCCAUCUUCAACUGGAGAGGCAUGCCGUGUGGCCGGGAGCUCCCAUGGUUCCACUGGGUCCUGGUGGAGCUGGUUGUGUUUAUGCUCGUGCUUGAGGUCAUGUUCUACUAUUCUCACAGACUGCUGCACCAGCCUGCGAUGUAUAAGUGGAUUCAUAAGAAGCACCAUGAGUGGACAGCGCCUAUCGGGGUUACGGCUCUGUAUGCCCACCCUGUAGAGCACAUCCUGUCCACCUUGCUUCCUGCAGCCGCAGGUCCUAUCCUGAUGGGGUCCCAUGUGGCGACCGUCUGGCUGUGGUUCUGUCUGGCUGUCACUUCCACGUCCAUCUCCCACAGCGGCUACCACUUCCCCCUGCUGCCCUCCCCCGAAGCACACGACUUCCACCAUGCCAAGUUUAACCAGUGCUACGGUGUGAUGGGUGUUCUGGACCGUCUACACGGGACAGACGAGCAGUUUCGCCGUAACAAAGCCUAUCAGCGGCACAUUACGCUGCUGGGACUGACCCCGCUGUCCUGGUCUAUCCCAGACAAACCCAAGGUCAGCAAGGAGAAACUGUCCUGCCGCAAGAUGUUUUAUCAUGAAUCUUUCCACCAAACGUCUUUCCAGAGACCCGGGGUGUUGGCAUGUGGCCAGACCAAAGACAAGAACUAAUGGCCAUUUCCGAAUACAAACUUGUUCACAAAGG